AUGAAUAGGAAACCGCAGACCGGCGGUAAAUUGAUCCCUAAAGAAGGUAAGACAACCAAGCGGUGGAGAGUUUGGCCGAUCGGAGGGAGAAGGAAGAACAAUCUUGUAUCCAGAAGGAAACUCAAAGGCGGCGCUCAGACUCUCAGCAUCGCCGCCGUCAAACCUGGACUCAGUAGAGGUGUACCAAAGCCCAAGGACACUGACAGGCGAUUUCUCCUUCACGUGCAAAGCACGUGCACGUCAACGUCCAAAAGAACCCUAGCCUCUUCCAACUUCAGCGUCGCCUCCCUCGACGGAUCGAAGCGCCUCUGCCACAUCCGCGGCAAGAUGCACAAGAAGGUCUGGAUCGCUGCCGGGGACAUCAUCCUCGCCGGCCUCCUAGACUACCAGGACGACAAGGUGGACAUCAUCUUCAAGUAUAUGCCUGACGAGGCCCGUCUCCUUAAGGCCUACGGUGAGCUCCCUGAGAACAUCCGCCUCAACGAGGGCAUCAGAGGGCUCAACGAGGAGGACGAGGGCGGUGCCGAUGACUACAUCGAGUUCGAGGAUGAAGAUAUCGACAAGAUCUAAGGUAGUAGGAUUUUCGGAAGAUGAUGAUUCAGAGGAGAUCAAAAGGUCUUGGAUGGGGAAAGGAAGAAGGAUUUUCAGAAGAUGGAGAAGGUUCACGGUCGGCUGGUCAAUAUUCUCGAGGGGCUCGGGCUCCACGCCGGAGUUUUUAGCCCCGCCGAGCAGAAACAGAUUGUGGAUUGCAUCUAUGCCUUCCAGAAGAAAGGUCGGAACAGUGAGCUCAGAGAACGAACGUAUUUGGAGCCGAGGAAAUGGAUGCACGGUCAAGUUCGGAUAAUAAUUCAGUUCGGUUGCUGCUACAAUUAUGCAGUGGAUAAAGCAUCGCAACCCUCCAGGCAUAAUUCGCGACGAACAAGUCGAUCCCAUUCCCCCUUUGCUGAACAUCUUUGGAUGUUUCGCCCAGAUCAAAUUCAAGCUUCAAAUUUUCUGUUUGAUGAUUGAAAAUAAGCUCUAAUACCUUGAGCCGACUAAGAACACUAGUAUAGCUGGCAAUGUCAUGCCUGCUCUGGUCAUAUAUUUUUGUUAAAAACUACUGCAUGUUUUAUUAUUCUCGUGAUUUUACGCCUUGUUCAAGGAUUUCUCGGGAACAAGAGUUGUUCAAAUUCUUAUUUCAUCCUCGAAUAAUUUUGCACUCAUAUGUAGUGAUACUAUAUUAUGUCAUGGAGAAUCACCUUUGUGCAUCUAAA